AUGGAGAUUGUAAUCCCGGAUGAAUGGAACUUUCGCCGCUUUCCCAACCAGAAUAGAAUGCAGCUCGAUCCGGCUGAAAACCUUGAAUCUGAUACUAAUGCCUUUGUUGAGCAUCUUUUCCCCGGCCUGGAGUAUGUCAUUACUGGUCUUUCUUUGGCUUUAGCUAUUCAGGACUUUCUCUCUUCUACUUCGUCUAAAGCCUGUGCUGACUGUGUCGCUACUGCAAGGGAGAAAUGCUCAGAAUCUAGUGACAAUAUGGGAGUUGUUCCUUUUGCAUACCUUCGGAAAGUGUCUGAGGAAGAGGCUAAGAAGUUCCUGAGUUGCUUCAAACGCAGUGAAUAUGAUAUCGUGGAACAACUUGAGAAGAUGCCCUCGAAGAUUUCCUCUCUCUGCUGCUUGCCUCUGAAAGCCACCUGCCCUAACCUCGUGGGAUCGAUUCUAGCGACAAACUACAUCACCUUCACUGAUGAGGAAAUGACCCCAGAUGGAACUGGGCAUAUCUUCCAGGAAUCCCUACCUCCGCGGGGCAGGAAUUCAUACUACCACACGCUCAUUCAAUCACUUCUUACCUUCGGUCUAAUUGGCCUACCUAUAGCUUUCGGUGAAGUUACUCGCUCGCCUCUUUCUUCUGCAUUCGAAACUGCAGCUGCAGCAUCUUCUGAACCUCGCCCCUCUGGUUUAAGUGGAUUCCUUUGCGAAAGGGAUAAAGAUAUUCCCAGGUUGACUGACUUUCUGUUUGAAAACAGGGAACCCUUGGAAGCGAAAGAAGUUAUAAAGUUACACUCCUACAGCUUAGCUAUUGGUUCAACUAAAGCUAUUGGGGCAAAGCCAACUCUUGUCAGUCUAGUAAGUACCAUAAUCCCUUUCCAUAUCAAUCAGGCGAAUUACCUCGUGCCUAUCCUUUUCUUUGAGUCUUGCCCACUGCCGGUCCCCUCCUCAUAG